AUGAGUCUUUUUGGUUUGUCGACCAAUUUCUAUGUGGCCAUCUCUCUUCGUUUGCUCUGGGGAAUGCUCGACGGUUAUUUGGGAAUCUGCAAAACCGUCCUCACGGAAGUGUGUUCUCCCGACAUGCUUCCCAUCACCACCGGUCUGAUCUUUCUUUCGAUGGCUCUGGCGAGCACUGCGGGUCCCAUCGUUGGAGGCUAUCUCUCCGACCCGGAAGAACUGCUCGCCCCCAUCAUCGACCGUCUUCCCUAUCUGAAGCGUGUUCCCUUCGCGAUUCCUCUGUGUCUCUGCGGCUUCGGAAGCUUCGUGUGCUGCUUGCUGAUCUUGCGGUGGGUGGACGAGACCUUCCCGAAGGAGGAACGCGAGCGAAAGAAGGAGGUCAGCGAGGCGAUGGCGCAGAAAAUGUCGGGUAUUCUGCGAAAGCGCGGCCGUGCGGAGAGUCUGGACGAUGAAGAGCAUGUGAUGCUGCUGAUGAGCCAGAACAACUACAUCUCGAUGUUUAAGGACAAGCUGACGCUGAUUUCUGUGUUGCUUUAUGGUUUGAAUGGAGUUGUUUUGUGA